AUGUCCUCGUUCGAAUCAUUACAAGAGCGGCUCGCAGCGCUCCAGGAAACAACGACACAACUUCGCGAGCUAAUCGACCGGCUCGCCAACAUCAGCUUCCAGCCGGGUUCGGUACCCCUGAGUUCAAGCGACGAAGACAAUGUAGCCACCGAACUAAGCGCCGAGAUCCACCAGGUUCUGCGUGAGGAAGAAGAGGAUCUCGAGCUGCUGCAAGAAGAGAUUAUCGACCUGCGCGCGGGUCGACCAGGGAGCGAGGCCGAGCACCGCAAAACACGUCUACGAGAGGGCGCCCAACGGUUACAGGCCGAGUUGAAGGAUUGCCGAACAUCCUUUCGGAAAGCUCAGAUCUCAGCCCGUCGUAGUCUAGAAGCGGCCCAGAAACUCGAGCGCAAACUCCUACUCGCGUCCUACACAGCUUCGGCUACAGUCUCGCCAUCUUCGUCAACAGUCCUCACCAACCCAGAUGCCCCUACCGAACCAGACGAAACCGCCCCAUCUUCUUCCCCCUCCGAACAACAGCCGCAACACCAAACCUCCGAACCACCCAAACGCCUCACCCCCGAAGAAGCCCGCGCCCAGCUCUUCGGACGCCGCCUCGCCACCAAAAAGAAACACGCCGCCGCCGCCGACGACCCCCAAUCUGCCGCGAUCAAUGCCUCCAACGACAUCACCCUCGCACUCCAACGCACCCACGGCCUAAUCGCCGGCGAACUCGCCAAGUCCGCCUUCGCCACACAAACCCUUGCGGAAUCCACCGCCGCCCUCGCCGAGCUCCAACAAUCCUACGACGGCCUCGACGGCCUGCUCGCGCGCUCGCGCGACCUCGUCGGCGCCCUGGCCACGGCACAGAAAUCGGAUACUUGGUACCUGCAGGCUGCGCUGCGGUUGCUGCUGGGCACGCUGGCGUGGUUGGUGUUUCGCCGGUUCUUUUAUGGCCCGCUGUGGUGGGUUGUGUGGUUACCACUGCGGACGGGGUAUCGCGUGACUAAGGGGGUGAUGCCGGCACGCGGGGGCGUGGGUGGGGGCGGUAGUGGGGUGGUGGACACGGGAUCGGGGCCGGGCGUGGCGACGAUGGAGGUUGUGAGGCCAGAUGUGGAGGGUGGGGGCACGGUGGUGGUUGGGGUCGGGGAGGAAGGGGUUGUGCCGACGAUACAAGUCGGGCAGCAGGAUGACAGUAAGAGGAAUGUUGAAGGCGAGCGGGAGGGUGGGGACGACUCGAUGGUUGAGAAGGUGGGCCGGAUGGUGGAGGAUACGUUGCAUCAGAGAGAGGGAGAAGACGGUGAAGAGGUGAAUAGGACGGCAGAGGGAGAAGAGGGGGUGGAUGAUCAGGGGCAUCCACGGAAGAGGCUAUGGGCGGAAGGAGAAGUCAGAGAUGAGCUAUGA